GGAAACGUUGAGCCCCGGCGCGCGGGGGUGGGUGGGGGGAGGCGCCGGCCGCACAGCGUCCAGCCGCUGUGGCCGAGGCCCGCCGAUCCAACCCUGCUUCCCGUUUGGGGCAAAGACUCCCUGGCGCCUCCCCCGCUCUCCGGUGUGUGUGCCGCCGAGCGCGCAGCCGCGGAGCUUCCGGCGGGGGCCGCGCACGCCACGCCUUCCGGCAGGGAGGGGCGGCCAGCGGAGACGGCCGGCCAUGGAGCCGGGCCUCGGCGGCCGCGCCGACCAGGUGCCCUCUGGCCGCGCCGCACCAUGCGCCCCGGCCUCUCCCGGCGCCUGCUCCUGGCCGCCCUGCUGCUCCUGCUCGUCUGGACCCUCUUUGGGCCCUCCGGCCUUGGGGAGGAGCUGCUGAGCCUCUCCCUGGCCUCCUUGCUCCCCGGCCCGGCCUCGCCCGGGCCGCCCCUGGCCCUGCCCCGCCUCCUGAUCCCCAACGAGGCGGCGUGCAGUGCGCCCGGCCCCCCUCCCUUCCUGCUGAUCCUGGUGUGCACCGCCCCGGACAACCUGAACCAAAGAAAUGCCAUCCGGGCCUCCUGGGGCCGCCUGCGCGAGGCCCGCGGGCUCAGGGUGCAGACUGUUUUCCUGCUGGGAGAGCCCGGCUGGGGGUCGCGCGGGAGCGACCUGGUGUGGGAGUCGGCGGCCCACGGGGACAUCAUGCAGGCGGCCUUCCAGGACUCCUACCGCAACCUCACCCUCAAGACCCUCAGCGGGCUGAGCUGGGCCGACAGACACUGCCCCACGGCCCGGUACAUCCUCAAGACCGACGAUGAUGUGUUCGUCAACGUCCCCGAACUGGUGUCGGAGCUGGUCAGGCGGGGAGGCCGCUGGGAGCAAUGGGAGACGGGCGUGGGGCCCCCGAGAAAGGCAGAGGCUGGAGAUGCGAAGUGGGACGGAAGCCCCACUUUGGGGAGCCAGCCAGUGCCUCUCUUGUACUUGGGUCGCGUGCAUUGGCGGGUGCACCCCUCUCGGUCACCGGGAGGUAAGCACCAGGUAUCGGAGGAGCAGUGGCCUCCCUCCUGGGGUCCCUUCCCCCCCUAUGCCUCAGGCACGGGCUAUGUGCUAUCAGCUUCUGCUGUGCAGCUCAUCCUGAAGGUGGCCAGCCGGGCACCCCCUCUACCCCUGGAGGACGUCUUUGUGGGGUUAAGUGCCCGCCGAGGAGGCCUUGCCCCAACCCACUCUGUCAAGCUGGCUGGUGCCACCCACUACCCCCUGGAUCGGUGCUGCUAUGGGAAAUUCCUGCUGACAUCCCAUAAGUUGGACCCCUGGGAGAUGCAGGAAGCCUGGAAGCUAGUAGGUGGCUCUGAUGGGGAAAGAACUGUACCCUUCUGCUCCUGGCUCCAGGGGGUCCUGGGCAUCCUCCGAUGCCGGUUAAUAGCCUGGCUUCACAGCUGAGAGGGCCUGGGGGCCCAGGAGAGGGGUGUGCAAUGGAGGGUCCAGCCAGCACCCCGCCACCUUCUUUCUCCCAGGCUCAAAGCAGGAGCGGUUGGCUGCAGCUGAGCAAGCUGCUCCACACAGGUGCUCGGGCUGUCACUGAAGACUGAGGGACACAGGAGGGACCUAGGGGGCUGCCUGGCCUGCCAGCCCCUGAGAUGGUCGUCAGGAAGAACCGCACUCACUGGCUUGUUCUCUCCAGCCACGUCAGGGGAGGGGCACAGGCCCCUCAAUAAACUUGUCUCUUUUGCUCUUUGA